GACGUUGGAGCGGUACCGAGGACCUGCCUGAAAACUUGCUGCUGAGAAGGACAUUUUGGAGGUUUUGUUGGCUGGAAGAGGGGUCUCUGGAAUCCCACUUCUAGAUCUUUAUUGAAGAUUGAAAGGAAUUAAUUUAGGGCCAUGGGGACAGCGAAGGUCACCGCCCCUCUGAUCUUUGCCAUCACGAUUGCUACAAUAGGCUCUUUCCAGUUUGGCUACAACACUGGAGUCAUCAAUGCUCCUGAGGAGAUCAUAAAGGACUAUCUCAAUUACACUUUGCAAGAGAGGUUCAAAAACCCUCCCUCUGAGGUGGUACUCACGUCCCUGUGGUCCUUGUCUGUGGCCAUCUUCUCCAUUGGUGGUAUGGUUGGCUCCUUUUCUGUUGGACUCUUUGUCAACCGGUUUGGCAGGCGCAAUUCAAUGCUUAUUGUCAACCUGUUGGCCAUCGCUGGUGGCUGCCUUAUGGGGUUCUGCAAAAUAGCGGAGUCAUUUGAAAUGCUGAUCCUGGGCCGACUGGUUAUUGGCCUCUUCUGUGGACUCUGCACAGGAUUCGUGCCCAUGUACAUUGGAGAGAUAUCUCCCACGGCCCUGCGGGGGGCCUUUGGCACUCUCAACCAGCUGGGCAUCGUUAUUGGGAUUCUGGUGGCCCAGAUCUUUGGUCUAAAAAACAUCUUGGGGACUAAAGAGCUCUGGCCGCUGCUCUUGGGCUUCACCAUCAUCCCAGCCAUCCUCCAAUGUGCUGCCCUUCCAUUUUGCCCUGAAAGUCCUAGAUUCUUGCUCAUUAACAGAAAGGAAGAGGAGAGCGCUAAGGAGAUUCUCCAGCGAUUGUGGGGCACCCAGGAUGUGGCUCAGGACAUCCAGGAGAUGAAAGAUGAGAGUAUAAGGAUGGCACAGGAAAAAAAAGUCACUGUGGUGGAACUCUUCCGAGCCCCCAGCUACCGACAGCCCAUCCUCAUCUCCAUCAUGCUCCAGCUCUCUCAGCAGCUCUCGGGGAUCAACGCUGUGUUCUAUUACUCGACAGGAAUCUUCCAAGAUGCAGGUGUCAAGGAGCCGAUCUACGCCACUAUUGGUGCAGGCGUGGUUAAUACCAUCUUCACUGUGGUUUCUGUGUUCCUGGUAGAAAAGGCAGGGAGGAGGACGCUACACCUGAUAGGCCUCGGAGGGAUGGCUUUUUGUUCCGUCCUCAUGACGAUUUCUUUGUUAUUAAAGGAUAAUUACGGUUGGAUGAGCUUUAUCUGUAUUGGGGCCAUCUUACUCUUCGUGGCCUUCUUUGAAAUUGGCCCAGGCCCCAUCCCCUGGUUUAUUGUGGCUGAACUCUUCAGCCAGGGACCCCGCCCGGCUGCCAUGGCAGUGGCUGGCUGUUCCAACUGGACCUCCAACUUCUUGGUUGGACUGCUCUUCCCCUCAGCUGCAUUCUAUUUAGGAGCCUACGUUUUCAUUAUCUUCACGGGUUUCCUUGUCAUCUUCUGGGUCUUCACCUUCUUCAAAGUCCCUGAGACUCGUGGCAGGACUUUUGAGGAAAUUACACGAGCCUUUGAAGGGCCGGUGCCAGCGGGUAACCGAGGUGAGAAAGGUCCCAUCGUGGAGAUGAACAGCAUCCAGCCCACGAAGGACACCAACGUCUAAGCAGUGCCUCCUUCCCACCUCCCUCCUGUCAUGAAAAAGCAACCUCUCCCUAAGCAGGGGAGAGACCUCAUCAGGUUGUAACCCAGGACCGUUUCUGAAUGCUGCUACUCAAUUCUUUUCUCAUCCCACACACCCUUGGGCGCUCAGAGGAUCCCAAUGCUGGGGUUAGUUGUUAUCUUCAAAGGCUUUUAAAAUUUUCAUUUCUUGGACAAUCUCUUCUGUUCAGGAGAGACCAAGGGAACCUGCCUUCAUUUCAGGAGGGAUUGGCUGCUUGGCAUAUGACAACUCUGCCAGCUCCUGCUCCCUUAGGCUCUACUAUUGCCUCUCGAGGGCAUCUAGGGGAGUGGGCAUGAGGCUGCAGUUCCUCCGACCUCGACUUACCAGGAAGCAGAUACACGUAAGAAUGUGGAGGGCAGAGAGGGAUUCCAUAAGACCGUCUUCCUCACUUCCAUACGGCUCUGCAGAGCAAACUAACUUGAGUUUUAUUUAUUUGAUCUUCUGGUUUUAUUGCAUAAAUAUUUAUUUUUGUAAGUAUAAAGUAAUUUUACCAAAUAAUAAAAGCAUGAGGAAAUUGAGGUUAGAGGGAGGUGCUUAAAGAGGUUAUGGGGGGAAAAAAAAAGAGGUUAUGGGGUGGAAGAUUUAAUACCGAAGAGGUUAGGGUGCAAUAAGAAGGGACAAAUUCAGGGAGAAAUGUGACGCAUUGUUGAAGGGUGUAUGACGUGGUGUGUGAGGUUUGCACGUUGCCUCUUAACAAUUUCUGUCCUUCAGGUGAAAACUCAAAUCUCAGAAAAGUCAUGUGCCUGUAUGAAGAAGCUAUUAGUUCCUUUGGAACUUUUUCCUUUGUUUAAGAUUAUAUGUAGUAUUACUUGAAAUCUAGGAUUAUCACUAAGAUGGGCAUUGUAGUUAAUGGUAGUUGAUGGGUUCUAAUUUUGGAUGGAGUCCAGAGAAGGGAUGGUUAUUUCUAGAAAUCCUCUCUCCCCUCACUGGACCAAACGGCUUCUUUGUAGUGAACUCACUUUUUUUUUUUUUUAAUA